AUGGACCCGGUCACAACGGACUAUCACCAGGGUAAUGGCGCAGCGGAAGCAGCCGUGAACGUGGCUAAGGAUUGGAUACUUAAGUCCCUCAAGGAGGACAUACAGGGGGGCUGGAUGCCGUUAGCAUACCAGUUCCGUAACGCGUACAACGCAGUGGCUACGUCGACCAGGGACCAUGCGCCAUAUACGAUGGCGAAGAACCGUCAGUAUGACGGGGACCGUGAAUUUGCUCUAGGUGAGCGGGUUGGGGCGCUCUUGCAGCAGUCGGACACUGCGGCAGCGGUCCUCAUUGAUGAUGACGCGCACAUGCGGGUUCAGUCGGUGCAGGCGGCGCAGUUGAAGCGUGGCAAUGCAGUGCGCGAAGAGGCGGAGGACUUUGCUGAAGGUGACCUCGUCAAGUUUAAGGCAAAGGCACGGCAAUCACAGUCCUCGCCUCUAUGGCAUGGGCCGGCUAAGGUUCUGUCCAAGGACAGCGCGGUGAUGUACACUAUCGUGUUUGGUACGAAGUGGCUGAUCCGGCAUAGGACGCAGUUACGUACCUACUCUGAGCCGGUAUGCCCGGAAGUAGCCCAGCGCACAACCAUGAUGUUUCGCUUGGCGUAUGAGAACUGGUUGUUCCACCACUCCCCAUUCAGUCAGGCUAGCAUGGACGAGCGACGUUCGGCUCUCCAUCACAUGACCCAGACGGUGUCGGGUUUGUCUUUUUCGCGGUCGGGUGAUUUUCGCACGGAGAAAAUCAAGAGCUGGUCGUCUCGGCUGGCGGUCGCUGAUGCAUGGGGUACUCGUCAUCAGCAACAUGAGGCUGAUGAUGAUCCGGUGGCAGGUAGUGCGGUCGCAGGCGGGCGGCCUACGUUGCAUGUAGUCCGUAUGCCGGUUGGAGUCCCCAGGGCGUGA